UUUUCCAUUUUGGCCCGAAACAAAGCCUUCAUGCGAUAACGUGCCGCUGAAUGAUUACCCUUUUUCUUCUGAUUAACAGACAAUGCGGGGAUCGCCAACUCCCCCAUUGUUUACGUACUCAACGAAUAUAAAUAUCCCCCACCAAUGAAAAGAACAUAGGCCUGCUCCUUCCAAAAAAAGAGAGAGAGAGAGAGAGCAGAACUAGAAGUGGUAGCAGAUCUCCAGCCUUUCCAUUGCAGAUCUCGUCCUGGGUCAUCCGCAGAGAGCAAUAUAGAAAUUGGAGAAAAGCAGUGGGGGAAGAAGAAGAAGAAGAGAGGCCAUUUGUCUGAGCUUGUUUUUUCAUCAUCUCCACAAAAGUCUCUUGUCCCCCCAUCCCCUUCGUUUCUCCAAAAUCCCAUCCCAUCCCAUCCCAUCCCAUGCUCUGUCUUCACUGCAGAAUACGGUUCAAUCCUGUCCCUUUUUGUGUUCAGUGUCAGCGUCAGCGUCAGCUCUUCAAUUAUCGCUCCAUACAAAAACCAAUCCGUAUAAACGAUCCUCCUCAUAACCUCUGGAAUAUACGAACAACGGAGGUGCUUCUUGAACAGCAUUCUUUGGCCGAGGGAGCUGUAAAAGAUCCAGCCCAGAGUGCAUAGGAAAGUGGAGAGUUUCCCAUAUCCGGUGGCUGAAAAAUGGGGACUGGUUGGAGAAGAGCUCUCUGCUCAAGCCUCCCUAAAGACCCGGAUUCCACGACGUCGCCCUCCGACGAGGAACCCAAUAGCCCGACCGCGCUGGCAAGGUGCACGAAGCUGAGGUUUUUCUCGAACCCCUCCACGCCUCGCUCCGGCAAGACUCUGGCUCCGCAAGCUGCUUCGACCCCGACAUUGCGCUGCAGGACCAUAUCGGAAGCUGCUCACAUGGCUGACGAUACGGCGGAGAAGAGUCCCAAGCUCGAAUGCAAGACCAAACCCGCCGUUCUUAAGUCAACGAAGAGCUCGAGGACGUUGCUGGGUUCCUAUUCCACUCCAUCCUCUCCGCGUUCUCCUCUCAAGCUCUCUCUUUUCAAAAACAGCUUCAAGUUCAGAAGCGCUUGCGGCAUUUGCUCGAACAGCUUGAAGGCGGGUCAAGGCACGGCCAUCUACACGGCCGAGUGCGGCCACGGAUUCCACUUCGCAUGCGUAGCCUCGCUCGUGCAGCAGGGCGCACGCAGCGGCUCUCUCGCUUGCCCGGUCUGCGGCGCCGCUUGGAAAGACGUCCCGCUGCUCGCCAUCCGCGAGAGCAACAGCAGAGAGGACGACGUCGUCCCCGUGGAAGACAAGAAGGUGGUGAUGAUCCAGUCGUCGUCGCCAAGGACGCCGAACUCCGCCGGUCCCAGAAGCCGAUACGACGACGAUGAGCCACUGUCGUCUCCGAGGUUCAUUCCCAUACCGGAAUCGGAAGAAGCAGAAGAAGCCGAAGAAUUUCAGGGUUUCUUCGCGAAACCGAAGGCGACCCAGGUGGAGGUCACGCUCUCGCCGGAGUCCGCCGUCGUGUCUGCCACCAAGUCGCACGAGACGCGCGUGGUGGCCCUGCGGGUGAAGGCCCCGCCGGCCCCGAAGCCGCGGGGAUCGGCGCGCAGCCGCGCGCCGGUGGACUUGGUCGCCGUGCUCGACGUGAGCGGAAGCAUGACCGGGGACAAGCUGCAGAUGCUGAAGCGGGCGGUGCGGCUGGUCGUCUCGUCGCUCGGCGCGGCCGACCGGCUCUCCAUCGUGGCCUUCUCGGCCGCCCCCAGGAGGCUGCUGCCCCUGAGGCGGAUGACGGCUCGGGGCCGGAGCGCGGCUCGGGAGAUCGUCGACCGGCUCGCCUGCGGCCAGGGGACCAGCGUCGGCGACGCGCUGCGGAAGGCCACCAAGGUGCUCGAGGACAGGCGGGAGAGGAACCCCGUCGCCAGCAUCAUCCUCCUAUCGGACGGUCAGGACGAGCGGGCGCGUGGCGGCGGCGGCGACGCGAAUCGACGGCAGCCGAGGAGCCACGAGUCGUCCACGCGCUUCGCGCACGUGGAGAUCCCCGUGCACGCGACCGGGCUCGGCGGCGGCUGCUGCCGGGAGCCGGCGGACGACGCCUUCGCCGAGUGCGUCGGCGGGUUGCUGAGCGUCGUGGUGCGGGACCUGAGGAUCCAGCUCGGCUUCGCGGCCGGCUCGGCUCCGGCCGAGAUCGCGGCCGUUUACUCGUCCGGUGGACGGCCGCGAUUCGUCGGCUCGGGGUCGGUUCGGCUGGGCGACUUGUACGCCGAGGAAGAGAGGGAGCUCCUCGUCGAGCUGAGGGUCCCCGCGUCGGCAGCCGGGUCCCGUCACGUCCUGACCGUACGAUGCUCCUACAAGGACCCGGCGACGAAGGAAGACGUGGACGGCGGGGAUCGGGCGCUCGCGGUGCCCGAGAUGGGAGCCGUCGGAUCGGAAGACGCGAAGAUCGGACGGCUGAGGAGCCUCUUCGUGGUGACUCGGGCCUUAGCCGAGUCGAGGAGGCUGGUCGAACACGAAGAGUACGGGACGGCGCAUCAGCUGCUGGCGUCGGCUCGGGCGCUGGUCGUGCGGACCGGCGCGGCGUCGGCCGACGAGCACGCGAGGGCGCUGGAUGCGGAGCUGGCGGAGGUGUGCUGGAGGAGGCAGGACCGGGCGGAGCGGCGGAGGACGGCCCAGCGGCGGAGCGGGAACGACCGGAGGGAGGCGGCGACGGCGGGGUUGGUGGACGAGAACGGGGAGCCGCUGACGCCGACAUCGGCUUGGAGGGCGGCUGAGGAGCUGGCUAAGCUGGCCGACCUGAAGAAGUCGCUGAGGAGAGUCAGCGACUUGCAUGGCUUUGAGAAUGCUAGGUUUUAGGUAGAAAAGAUGAUUUUGCCUUUUCUUUUCUUUUUUUUUGGCUUCAUUUCUUUAGAUAUUUAGAAAGGUGCGUUAGAAAAUAGGUGAAGAAAAGGUAAAAAUAGAACCCAAAAAAAAGGGAGGGGGAAAAGCUGGAGAUUUGAUAUUUUGGGCAUUUUGUAUUGUAUCUAUUUUGACUGGUCAACGAAGUGGUGUUGAUUGAGUGGGCUUGGUUUGGGCUUUUAGUCUCUGGGCUUUUUCUCCUGAGGGAGAGAGAGGAACCGUGUGGUCUUGUAGCUUUUAGGAAGUCAUCAUUGUGGCAUAGAAAGAGAUUUGAGAUGAGAGUGCUCUGAGAAGUGAGUUUUGGAGAAA